AUGGCGAAUGAGAAGUGCGAGAUGAAGUCAAGUGAAAAAAAUAGAUUGCCUUCACAACCCGACGCCAAUCUGAGGAAUGUAAGCUCGAUUGUUAUACAAAAUGGCAAAGAUUUAGAAGUAUCAAAAGCUGAAGUUCUAAAGGACAAGAAUGAUGAUGUCAUUGAGAAAGAAAUAGAGAAAGCCGCCAAUGAAGUAUCGGACAAGGUAACUUCUGAAACACCUACUAAUACUAAAACUAAUGUUGCAUCGUUUCCUUGCAGGUUGGCGAAACCAAAGAAGGAUGACAAAAAUAAGGAGAUGAUGGAGAUGUUUCGAAAGGUGGAAUUGAAAAUACCCUUACUGGAUGCAAUCAAGCAAGUGCCGAAAUAUGCAAAAUUUCUGAAGGAUCUUUAUGCGAACAAGAAGAGACUACGUAGAGAUGAAUGCAUUAUUGUUGGCGAGAGCGUAUCUGCCGUUUUACAAUGUAAGCUUCCUCCUAAAUGUGGAGAUCCAGGUAUGUUCUCGGUUCCUUGUAAAGAAAUAGGUAAGUUGGAGAUUAAACGAGCAAUGUUAGAUUUAGGAGCUCCAAUCAAUGUGAUACCUAAGUCUAUUUAUAAGUCUUUGAACAUUGGGCCUUUAAAAGAAACUGGAAUUAUUAUACAAUUAGCCGAUAGGACAAAUGCUUACCCUAAAGGAAUGAUUGAAGAUGUCCUAGUGCAAGUUAACGAAUUAAUUUUUCCGGUUGAUUUUUAUGUGCUUGAUAUGCAUGAUGAUAAUUCUCCAAAUCCUGCACCGAUUUUACUAGGUAGACCAUUUAUGUGCACCGCACAAACUAAAAUUGAUGUGAAACAAGGUAUACUUUCUAUGGAAUUUGAUGGUGAGAAAGUGCAAUUUAAUAUUUCUGAUUCUAUAAAAUACCUUGAAAAAUCUAAUGCAUUGCGCAGUGUAAAUGUUAUUGACAAAAGUAUUCCAGAACUCUUGAGAUUGAAUGCGAAAUCUAUCCUGGACAUAAAAUCGCAGCCGCAUCCAAAUCAGUUAAAGCAUGUUCACUUAAAUGAUGAUAUGAAUCUUACAGAGAAAUUUAUUAUGAGUAAUCAUCGUUUUAAACAUGGAAGUAAAAGACAAAAACUGAAGUGGGUAAGACGGUCUGAAGUAGUGCUACCUAAUGGCUAA